CCCAGAACCUGGCGGACGGACUGCUGUCUUUUUUCCGGUGUGUGGAUGUUCCGGAGCUGGUUUGGCUUGUCCCGGGAAUGCCGAGGCCCUGAGAUCCUAUGGGUGUCCAGGGUCUGACCACCUAUGUGGAGGGGAACAGAAACUUCCUCCAGGAUGUGAAGUUCAGGGACAGCCGCCUGGUUAUUGAUGGCUGCAGCUUGUAUUUCCGUCUCUACUUUAACCACGGUCUGGACCAGCAGCAUGGAGGGGACUAUGAUGCUUUUGCUUGCCUGCUCACCCAGUUCCUCUCUGCAUUGGCGGCCUGCAACAUCCAGCCAUAUGUGGUACUGGAUGGAGGGAUUGACCCCAGUGAAAAGAAGUUUCCCACUCUGCGCCAGCGUCUGCAGUCCAAGAUAAAGGAGGCGGACAGUCUCUCCCACGGCCGCAACGGCUCUGUACUCCCCAUCCUCACACGAGAUGUCUUCAUUCAGGUCCUCGUCCAGAGAGGAGUCCCACUGUUCCAGUGUCCAGCGGAGGCUGACUGGGAAAUUGCGUGCUUGGCUCGACAGUGGAACUGCCCAGUUCUGACCAACGACAGCGACUUUUAUAUCUUUGACCUGCCAGGUGGUUAUCUGCCACUCCAUUUUUUCCAGUGGACCAAUCUGAACGGUAAAGCCUCUCACCGCUACAUCUCGGCUCGCUGCUACACCACUAACGGGCUGUGUCGCUGGUUUGGGGGCAUGAACCAGGAGUUACUGCCCCUGUGUGCCGUCCUGGCUGGUAAUGACUACGGCACUCCAAAAGAUACUGAGACACUCGUGAGCCUGAUAGAUGUGAGUGCAGCAGGGAGAGGUGGCGGCAGAGGUAAAGGCAGAGCACCCGCUUCACGCAUCGAGGGCUUUCUCCUCUGGUUGUGCUCUUUUUCAAGUCCUGCUGAGGCUUUGGAGGAAGUGAGCAGGCUAAUGGGGGAGGAAGGUGGAGGCGGUAGGGGCAAGAGAGGACAGAAGGGUGGGCUCAGUUCCCAGCUGUGGGCAGGUAUGCAGGAGUACCACAUCACCGCUCAGAGCUCUCUGGCUCGCUGGUUCUCUGGAGGUAAGGCGGCUCCUGGAGGGCGGAUCUCUGGGCUGCCAGAGUGCCUGUCGCUGGCUGCAGCGCAGGGACUGUUGGCUCCUUUGGUUGUAGAUGCUGUAGUGAUGCAUAGAGUCCUGCUCAUCCCACAGGUGGAGAACAGCAAGCUAGCCAGCAGUCAUUGCAGUGCCAGAGCCAUACGCCAGGCCAUAUAUGGAAUAUUACUGAAGAGAGGCCAAGAUGUCCAAGCAGGAGGUAUGAGGGGCCAAGAAAACAUCAGCCAGGGUACACGAGGGCGAGGGGGAAGGGGGCGAGGAGGUGGUCAUGUUGGUGGAGGUAGGGGUCAGGGCAUCAUUUUACCCACACAGCAGGGUGCUAAUGUAGGAUUUGGCAUUGAACAAGCAGCUACAGUGCAGGCUCAGGGCUCUAAUGCCCCAAUCAGUGUAGAGGAGUACGACCGUGUGGAUCUGAACUUAAAGAAAAACCAGGUGGAAGCACAUCAGCCCAGAACCUCCCUGCGUCUAGAUACACUCGGCCAGGCUCCUGUGGCAGUUCGUCUUGCUGUCCUGUUAGAAGUCUUGGGGACGAAGGAGUCUGCCCUAACUGCUGUUCCUCCCCACCUGAGGCUGGCUGUAGCAGUGACAGCCUUCUGGGUGCGAGAGGCCACACCGACGCCCUCACAGCCUCAGCUCCAGGCUUUGGUGCUUGGGAUGGUUUACGGAGAGCUGACCUUGAACAACCAGCCAGGAGCUACCCACUACCAACAUACCGUCCCUCAGCUGAACUGGGCUGCAGAGCGCAACGUGUGGUCAGGGCUUGAUCGACAGCGUGUGAGGCCAGGGGAGAGACGGGGCUUGGAUGUUGGAGCGGCUCACAGUUUCAGCCAAUGGCAGGCCUGCCUCUGGAGCACACUGUGUCUUAAUCAGCUGUUGCUGCUGCCACUGCCUGAACCGCACCUAUCAUGGUUGUACAGUGGUACACUGGUGCACGGCCUCCUCAGGUAUCUGAAAGGAGGCCAAGUUGCUGAAUCCCUCCUUGCCGGGGGAUUCUUAUCUGGACAACUCUACUCCUCCUUGCUGGACGCUGUGAGGACCUGCGGCUCCAAAAGCCAUCCCUCCUCUUCUGCAGCAGGGAGAGGGAGGAGAGGCAGAGGCCGAGGAAGGAGAGGAAGAGGAAGAGGAAGAGGGGGAGGUGGGAGAGGAGGAAGGGGAGGGGAGAGAGGGGCUGAGGAGAUUAACAACAGGUUUGCUCUCCUGAUGAGUGACGAAGAGUUUGAUGACGAUUGAUGAGGAGGCAGAGAAAAAUGAACUGAUCGAUAAGAAGCACUUGCUAGGGGCCAAAUGAGGGAGGACAUUCCAGUGUUUAUCAAUAACACACUCAGGGGAUGCUACAGAUUUCACCAGUGAAUAACUACACCUCUUAAUGUUGACCACUGAGCUUCUAUCUCUAUAACUUUAUUGCACUAAUUUAACCUCCAAAAGUGAUAUUUACCUGCCUGUGAAAACUUCUGUCGCUGUCUAAAAUCAAGUGAGGUCAAAAUAUAUCAAGCAAAAUGUCGCAGUUUCCUAUAGCCCACUCUUGCCAUAUUUUAGCAGAUUUAUGAGAGCUUUUUAUUAAAGUAACGCCACUGUAAUUUAUGCAUGUUUUCAACCUUGACUUAACGUCACCACAAGAUUUAAACGGUGAAUAUACAGAGAUGUCCUAUCGUAUCAUCUCCUGUUUGGCAGCUAAUGUCAUCUUAAUGAGUAAAUCUUAUUUUAUCGCAGAUGCCUUCAAACUCUGAAUUUGGUGCUUGAGUUUACUCAUCUUUAUGUAAUAAAAAAUAUAAAUCAAA